AUGGAGAAUUUCUCUUUGUUCUACUCAAGCGAAGAAGACGCACUACUCAGCUAUGCUGAUAUCCGGAACUUUCAAAAUGUAUGGAAUAUUGUUGACACGGAGCAAAAGGGUACGAUUCGAGUUGGAAGAGUGAAAUUUUUAUUGAGACUGCUAAAGGGCCGACUGGAAGUCGAUCCGGAAAAAGACAGGAUACUCUUCAAACAUAUGUGCUAUGAAAUGGAGCAGUUUCAUAAUGGAGAUGAGGUGUCUUUUCACGACGUGCUCAUCAUGCUUUCAUAUCGUAGUGUUGACAUCAGGAAGCAUUUGCAACUGGAGGAACUUCUGCAGCGAGAAGAGCUGGAAUACAUAAUCGAGGAAGAAGUGGCUAAGCAAACUAUCCGAUCUUGGCUUGAAAAAUGCCUUCAUCGAAUAAAAAUGAACAACAAAGCAUUUCUGGUUGCUAGCUUCAUGACAGAGCAAAGUAAGUCCUUGAAAAAGAAGGAAGCCACAAAUGGCAGUGCCAAUAGUGAAAGGUAUCGUUAA